UUCAAAGCUCUACUGUGAGUCUAUCCUGGGAGGAUGGGAGGAGAAGCUGUAUACAAAAUGCCGCAGGUCCUGUCUACAUUAUUCACCCUAAGUGAUGACAUUUGGGGUUCCGAAUUUGACAAUUAUACUGAUUUCGUAUCAACAGAUGCUGCUCCUUGCAACUACUGGAGAAUGGACAAGCACUUUGUAAUGGUUAUUUACAAUCUUGUGUUUUUUCUGAGUUUGCUGGGAAAUUCACUGGUGAUGCUGGUCAUCCUCUACAACCGGCUCAGCCGCUCAGUCACAGACAUCUACCUGCUUAACCUGGCCAUAGCCGACCUGCUCUUUGCCCUGUCACUGCCCCUUUGGGCUGCCUCCAAGGUGAAAGGCUGGAUUUUUGGCACACUUCUUUGCAAGUUUGUCUCCCUUCUGAAGGAGAUCAACUUCUACAGCGGCAUUCUGCUGCUGGCCAGCAUCAGUAUAGACCGCUACCUAGCCAUUGUCCAUGCCACUAGCGCCUUGACCCAAAAGCGCCACUGGGUAAAGUUCAUCUGCAUGGGCAUCUGGGUCCUGUCCUUGCUCCUGUCUAUGCCCAUUCUUUUCUUCCGUGAAGCAGUCAAAGCACAGCACGAUGGCUUUGUCUGCUAUGAGAACUUUGGUAACAAUACUGAAAAAUGGCGGCUGGUACUGAGGAUCCUUCCCCAGUUCUUUGGCUUUGUCCUGCCACUAUUCGUCAUGCUCUUCUGCUACAGCUUCACCCUGCGCACCCUCUCUGUGGCGCACAUGGGGCAGAAGCAUCGGGCUAUGCGGGUCAUCUUUGCUGUAGUCCUUGUCUUCUUAGUUUGCUGGCUGCCUUACAAUCUGGUGCUGAUCACUGACACCCUCAUGAGGACCAACAUGGUGCAGGACACUUGUCCACGAAGGGAGGCGAUCGAACAAGCCAUGGAUAUCACUGAAGUGCUGGGCUUCCUCGGCUUCCUCCAUAGCUGCCUCAACCCCAUUAUCUAUGUCUUCAUUGGACAGAAGUUUCGGUACAGCUUCCUCAAAAUCCUGGCUGCCCAUGGUGUGGUCAGCAAGGAAUUCUUGGCACGCCACCAUAUUUCAUCUUCCUCCUUUGCCUCUUCUUCUGUUUCUGCUGCUGUCUGAGUAUUGUCAGUUUAGAUUUUCUCAGCAACUUAGGUAAAUGACUCUAUCAAUAAGAAGUCAUUGGACUGACUG